GUCAUUCUCUUUUCUGCCAGCACUGCAGUAUAACAGAAAUUUAAAUUGAAACACGAUACAUACUAUUUUUUAAUUUACUGAUAGUAGACUCAGAAGUUGUGAUUAUUAAGCAUCUUAAUUUCAUUUAUAAAUUUUGAAAAUGAAAACCGUUAAUCAUUGUUGUUGUUUCGGUUUGUCUACAGCAUCAUUACUAAUUGGAAUACUCAAUAUUAUAUUUUUGAAAUUCGUACUUUAUGUAGUUAUUGCAUAUCGUCAACAGUUAGAUUUCUGUGAACUAUUCGACUCCAUACUUCCAUUUUGUGCUGACUAUAUCAACAGAAUAAAUAGCAUAUCUACAUUCAUUGUUAUUAAAUAUGUAGCAGCAAUAAUCAUGAUGAUUGGUUCAGAUCGGAAGAUACAUCAACUAAUGUGGCCGCACUUAGUUGUCCAUUUCAUGGAAAUUUCGAUAACAAUACUAUUUUUGCUUUAUUAUGUGAUGUCUUGCAUUUUACAUCCCGGAAAACACAAUUUGAAACUUUUGUGGUAUGGAGGAUGGCUUGCUGGAGUAUGGCUAAGUAUCAAUAUUCAUUUUUGGAUUGUGAUCAAAAGUCGUGUCGAGGAAAUAAAAAGGCAGAAACAGUUUACCCUCAUCGAAGUUAUAGCGGAUGCAUCAUCAUGAUGAUACACAAAUAUUAAAUGCGGAAUUAUCAACACAUAUUUAUUAGUGGGACUUUCAUUAACGUAUUCUUAUCAUAUAUUUUAAUUUUUUUAAUUUCAUCUUACCUAAUAAUAUUAUUUUUGUUCCACUGUAACUUAAAUUUACUCGUAG